GGGCUCGUCGUCCCACCUCCUCGCGUCCGUAAGCAGUGACGAGGCCCGCUACGUAAAUCGCUUCGCGGCGGGGUAAAGAAGAAAACGAAGGAGCAAAGCAUUGAUUACAAAUGUCUUAAUAAUGAGCAAAUGUGGCAGGAAAAAAUAUAUUAAAACAAAUCUAAGACAAAUGACCAUGGAAACAAUUGACUCUCAGCAGGAUGGAAGUAUACCAGAUUCUGUGGCAGAGAGCGAAUCUGCUCACAUGCAGACGCAGACUGGUCAAAAUUCAAUCCCCACUUUAGCUCAGGUUUCUGUAGCUGGGUCAGGCACCGGAAGAGGCUCUCCAGCUGUAACUCUAGUACAGUUACCUUCAGGCCAAACUGUACAUGUCCAGGGAGUAUUUCAGACACCACAGCCAUCGGUUAUUCAGUCACCACAAGUACAAACUGUUCAGGUAGCAACAAUUGCAGAGACAGAUGAGUCUGCAGAAUCAGAAAGAGUAAUUGAUUUUCAUAAACGCAGAGAAAUCCUUUCACGAAGACCCUCUUACCGAAAAAUACUGAAUGAACUUUCCUCUGAUGUGCCUGGUGUUCCCAAGAUUGAAGAAGAAAAAUCCGAGGAAGAAGGAACGUCACCGAAUAUCGCUGCUAUGGCAUUGCCGACUAGCAUAUAUCAGACUAGCACGGGGCAAUACAAUGAGGAAACUGAACUUGCCCCAAGUCACAUGGCUGCCACCACUGGUGACAUGCCGACUUACCAGAUCCGAGCUCCGACCACUGCUUUGCCACAGGGAGUCAUGAUGGCUGCCUCGCCGGGAAGCCUGCACAGUCCCCAGCAACUAGCAGAGGAAGCAACACGCAAACGAGAGCUGAGGCUAAUGAAAAAUAGGGAAGCUGCUAAAGAAUGUCGACGUCGAAAGAAAGAAUAUGUCAAAUGUCUGGAGAGUCGAGUUGCAGUGCUGGAAGUUCAGAACAAGAAGCUCAUAGAGGAACUGGAAACCUUGAAAGACAUUUGCUCUCCUAAAACAGAUUAGUAGAAAUAUUUAACUAUGAACUGAUUGCAAUAUGUACAGUUGCUUUUGAAGGCAAUACAAUAUAAAGCCGGCAAGAAUUAUGGCUUUUUUUUUCCCUUUAUCAUUCAUCGUAUUUUCUAAUCUCUUAACAUUCCCAAACUGCUUCACUGUACGUAGUUAACUCUUAGCUGUAACUUCAAUUUUUUAAAAGAGGAAAACUGUAAAAAAAAAAAAAAAAAAAAAAAAGGUAUGUAACAAAUUCUUAAAAUGCAACAUUUGUAAGGCUUGUUCCAGUGCCACAUAUUUGCAGUUCCCGAUCUCUGUGUCAUGAACAGUGUCCUAUGCAAUAAAAAUUUUUUGCAGGUCUUUAAAAAUCAUUUUAGGAAAGGAUGAUCAAAGAUAAUGCAUCCAGCAGUACAAUAAAAGUAAACCACAAAAAAUACCUCAGGAAAGAACUGAAAGAAAGAAAGAAUUGAAAGAAUCUAAUGACAUGCCUAUGUGAAAAUAAUAGCCUAUAAAUGAAUUUAUGGCAUUUGUAGAUUUUUAUAUUGGUUGCUUUGUAAAGAAAAUAUUGUAUUGCUGUCCUUGAAUGCCAUAGUUGAAGAGAGUUUUUAAUAGAACCAUGUUGGUUA